AUGUCCAAGCAGAAAUCCUUGCUUCUUUUUUGCUUGAUCCUUCUCUUCUCAAGAACUCUGUGUAUUCCUGCUCGCUGUUACCUUAGACCAGCCAGAAAAUAUGGGUGCCUUUCAGACAGAAACCUCUAUGUUUUUGGUGCGGUGUGGAAGAAUGAAGACUGUUUCCAGUGCAGGUGUAAGAUGGGUGCAAUGACUUGCUGCAGUUUGGUUUUAAUCCCCAAGAAGUAUGACAGAGUGAACUGUGUUGGCCUAUUCCACAAGAAAAGCUGUUCCAUCCGGGUGGUGAAGAAGACUAAUCCUGAGAUAAGUUGCAAAGUCUACAAUGGAGUUGGAUAAGACCACAUGAUGUAUUUCUCCUCUUUCACACCUACCCCAGAUGCUGAAUAUGUUCUGGAUCUCUCCUUUAGAGGAAAGCAGCAAGCAGCAUGGCUUCAAGAGAAAUGAAUUUGCCUCAUGCCUUUCACAGCUCUAAUUGUGCCAUAUCUAUCUUGUUUCUGACACUAGGUGGUUUAUCUUUCACACAUUUGUAACCAAACCUUACCAUGGGCUCUUAUCCUGUUGGGAUUCAGAGUUAAAUACAUUUUCAGAUACAUCAAA